AUGGCAAAGAUGAGACAAGUUUUAAAUAUUUACAAUAGCCGUAAACAAAAAGGUUUGGGAAACCACUCCCCCGAAGAAAUGAAAAACAACCCUGACUUAGAGAAAGACUAUAUAUUUAAUAAUUUAGUCAAAAGAGACAAACAAGAAAGAAUGCCGGGCUUCAAACUUCAGAAAGGUGACAAAGUAAAAAUAGAAAUACCUAAACGCGACCCAUAUGAAAAUACUAUUGACUAUGACAACAAUGGGAACCCGACAGGUACUCACAUUCGUGUUCGUAAAAAUAGAAGAAAGUAUACAAGAGAAUAUUAUGAAGUUUUAGGCAAACAUGGCAAAAUGUACAGACUGCAAGCAGAAGAUAAAACUACUAUUGUCAGACCUCGUUUCAAACUUGUCAAAGUUCAAGGUGGUAUACUUUCAAAGACAGUUCCUAACAAAUAUAAGACAACUCCUGACGAAUAUGCUAAAGAAGUUGAAAAUGACGACUAA